AUGGAGAAGGUGAACAUCGAGCCAUUAGCUCUUGCCUUUCCCAACCACAAUGGAGACCAACCAGCUGGUGAAGGACUCCUACUCUUCAAGAUAGGCGAUGCCAAUGGGCGCAUAUCCAUCUCAGCUCUAUGCCAACUCUUUGGACUUCCCAAUGAGACAGCACAUGACUUCAAGGAGAACUCAAAGAGGAAACAAGCUGCCUUUGCUGAUUGGACACACUUUGCCAAUGAACCAUUCUUGCCUUCAAGGUCAAAGGUGUCUAGAAUCACCCAUCCAGCCAUUCGCUAUGUGCACCGCCUCAUCUCCACCACUUUCCAAUGCAAACAAGAAGCCAACAAGGUCACAACUGAUGAGUUCUACAUCCUCACCACACCAUUCAUCAAGCAUGAGUACAAGGCCAACCUUGGACUUUUACUUGCCAAGACAUUCAUCAAUGUGAGGAAGCUAGCUAAAGACUUGGAAGGCAACAAGAAGCUUUGUGUUCGUUUUGGGAGGCUUAUCACGGCCAUAGUACUGCAUGUGGGGAUUGACAUUCCCAACUAUGAGCCACUACCCAAGCCAACCCCUUUGGAUCUCCAUGCUCUUCAGCACAUCCACUUCCUAAACCGUUGGACUAAAGACCCAACUCGGUUUUGCUAUGAGUUUCCAAUUGGUCCAGCCAACACUUCCCUUGUCUUGCUGCCACAUGAGACAUCCCAAGCCUACGCUCAGGAGUUUCAAGACUCAACGCCGCUCCAAGAACGCCAUGUUCUCACUACUGGCAUGGCUGCGCACCAAGCUCUAGACCGUGUUAACAAGCUGGAGAAGAUAGUGGAAUGCCAAUCUCGCUUCAUCUCACGCCUAGUCCGCGUAGUUCGCCACAUUGCACCGGAGAGACUCUUUCGCCCUUCUUCCACCGCUAGAGAGCCAUAUGAGCCUGACCUUGGUGAGUUCUCACUAGACUCAGAGCUUGGUUCAGAAGGCGAUGACCCCAUAGAUGAGGAAGAGAGUUCUUCUCACUGCCACACAUAG